UCUCUGUGAGAGCCUGUGACAGUGGGGCAGGGUGUGGCCGCACUCUGUGCCCUGCUCGGCGUUCAUGCGUUCAUACACUCCUUGAUCACUCAGGACUAACUCCAGCAGUAGCUCAGCUUUUUAACUAAGACUGCUAAAUGUGGAUUUAAGACUUCUCUUCACAAAGGUUUGGUUUAUAUUGUGGUAAGGUGAACUGUCAAUUAAAAAAAUCUCUUUUUAUUUACAAGUUUCCUUUUUAAAAAGCUUACUUUUUACAGAAGCUAAAACAUUUAGGAUAAAUUAAUACCGGAAUUAAAUUCUGUCACCACAGCUGGAAUUAAAAGACCGGCAGCAGUUUUUGUCAUUGCCCACACUAUCCUAUCUAUGGAUCGUCUGAAGUUAGUCCUGCAGUACUUUCAGUCCAAUUCUGAGUCCAUUUCCAAUGGCAUCUGUAUUAUCCUGGCCCUGGUCAGUGUCAAGGUGUACACCAGCUUUGACUUUAACUGCCCAUGCCUUCCUCAGUACAACAAGCUGUACUCUCUAGGUGUGAUGAUUGUGCCCCCCAUCAUACUCUUUUUCCUCGGGGUCCUAGUCAACAGACAUACAGGAGUCAUGAUCGAGGAGCGGAUGAGACCCAUUGGGAACAGAUCCAAAAAUCCUGCUGUGGUAAAGUACCUGUUCUCAGCCAUGAUACAGAGGGCCCUGCUGGCCCCCAUGGUGUGGAUCCUGGUCACUCUGCUGGAUGGAAAGAUCUUCAUCUGUGCCUUUAGUGUCAGUGUAGACCCUGCACUCUUCUCAGGUUUGCCCAACAACACAGGUCUGGAUGUGAUCAAAAUCAUGGCCAAAGUGCCCUGCAAGGAGGACAGUAUCUUCAGGAACAGCUCUUUCCGCAAAGCAGUCUCUCGUUACGUUCGCUGCUAUUCCCAGGCAGUUGGCUGGUCCAUCCUCCUCUUCCUGAUUGUGCUUGUAGCCAUGGGACGCCUCAUCAAGCCCUACUUCGAUGACCACGCCACCUCUCUGCAGACACGCUACUGGAGCAACUACCUGGAUGUGGAGCAAAAGCUCUUUGAGGAAACCUGUGUCCUGCACGCUCGUGACUUCGCCCGGAAGUGUGUGGUGCAGUUCUUCGAGGACAUGAGGGAGGACGCCGUACUCCGUCUCCCGCAACCGCUUUUCCUCAGAAACUCCAGAGAGGAGUGGGAGGAUAAAGAAGAGGAGAGGCUUCACGGAGUGUCGAAGCAGGAGCAGGUGGACCAGCUGCUGAACAAGUGGUACCACAGUAAACCUGAACUAGAUGUCACCAGAAUGGCACACAGACCCAGGACCUGUGUGACCUGGGAGGACAGAGAAGGGAGGACUUUAUACUCGGAUGUCUAGGACACAUUCGGAGAUGUAAAGCUGCCUGUAGCUAAAGUUCCACUUACUAAUGAAUGAUGCCAAGCUUUCAGCUACAUCUCCUGAUCUUUUUUCAC